AUGUGGUCGGUCUGGCUAUUUCUUCUCUGGGCUGUAUUCUGGGCCGUCCCUGUCAUUUCCAUUCCGACUGGGGAUGUUCUACAUGGGAGACAGGAUGAGAACCGCUGGGUCGUGACGUGGACUUCCAUGCCGCAAGAGGUUGAGUCGAGCAAUCUACCGCCGUCACCAUUCAAUGGAGGAAACGUCCAAUUUCGCGACGCAACUCUCCGCCAAACCUUCCACACCUCCAUCGGCGCAUCCCGCCUCCGCAUCCAACUAUCCAACACUUUCGGAGGCUCAGACCUACCCAUAAAUGCAGCAUCUCUGGCCUUACCUCUAAACGGCGCUGCGGGAGUCGCGGGGAUCGACCCAAAGACUCUGAAAGGGCUCACCUUCUCCGGCUCGCCGUCGGUGACUAUCAAGCAGGGUGCUGUGGUGUACUCGGACCCGAUCGACUUCGCCGUCGCACCGCAAACGAACGUUGCCUUGAGCUUGUAUUCUCAGCAAGGCCAGUCUGGAACCAGAAUCACAGGCCAUCCAGGCAGCAGAACGACGUCGUGGAUGCAGAGCGGGAACCAGGCCAACGCCUCGUCUCUAAGCGGCGCAAGCACGAAGCACUGGUACUUUGCCAGUGCGAUCGAAGUCAUGGCGCCGAAGAAUACUUCGGCAUUGGUUGUUCUUGGAGAUAGCAUCUCCGACGGGCGAGGAAGCGAUGACGACAGGAACAACCGCUGGCCGGAUCUCCUGCUUGCCCGCCUACAGACGGAAGGCUUGUCCAACAUCGCCGUCGCGAAUCAGGCUGCCGGCGGAAAUGCGGUUCUCCAAGGCGGUUUAGGGCCUCCUCUCUUGGCACGAUACACCCGCGACGCGAUCUCCCAGCAAGGCGUCAAAUACGUUCUCAUCUUCGAGGGCGUGAACGACAUCGGCCCCGGCGCGACGGAUUCUGCAACACAGCAGCGGAUCGGUGACGGGUUGAUCAACGCGUACAAGCAGAUAGUGGCCGACUGUAAGAAGGCGGGCCUCGUGACCAUCGGGGCGACGAUCACGCCGUUUGGUGGUAGCGGGCAGUCGUAUUCUAAUCCGACGCGGGAGCAGACGAGGCAGCGCGUGAAUUCGUGGAUUCUUCAGAACGGGACGUUUGAUCGCGUGGUGGAUUUCGCGGCGUUUAUUGGGGAUGGUGAUAAGUUGCGGGCGCAGUUUGACGGCGGCGAUCAUUUGCAUCCAAAUGUGGCGGGAUAUCAGGAGCUGGCGAACCGGUUUCCAGUUGAGAUAUUCCGGACCUGA